AUGGUGAUUGAUGAGAUAAUAAAACCAGAAUUACGUAAGGAUGACCGCACCUUGGAAAAUUUUGGAAUGAUUGAUAAUUUUUUUGAAAGUAUGUAUGAUCAAAUGAAUAAAAUAGAUCAAUAUCAUCAGGAUAUGAAUAGGAUGAUGAAUUCAUUUAGAGGACAUUAUUUUAAUGAUUAUUUUCCUAAAUAUUUUCCUGGAAGAAGAUCUUUACUAGAUUAUGAUUUUAGAAAAGAUAGGAAUAAUGAAUUAUUCUUUCCUAAACCUCAUAAUUUUUUUAGAGGAUAUAAAAGUGUACCACCAAUGGACGUUAUAGACAAAGAAAAAGAAAUUGAAAUAAAAAUGGAUGUACCAGGUUUAAAUAAAGAAGAUGUACAAAUUAAUUUAUGUAAUGGACGUUUAGAAAUCAGUGGAGGUUGUCAAAAGACAGAUGAAAAAAAAGAUGAAGAGCAUAGGUAUUAUGUAAGAGAAAGAACACAAUCUUCUUUUUAUAGAGCAUUUCCAUUACCAGAAAAUGCCUGUGAAGAUAACAUAAAAGCUACAUUUAAAGAUGGGGUUUUAAAAAUUGGAAUAGCAAAAAAAGAAGUUACGGAAAAGAAAAAAAUUGAAAUUGAAUAA